AUGAGUAUAAUAACAGAAGUUGGAUUACAAAAUUUUAGUUUUGAUGUUGAUAGUGUAAGUUACCGAGCUUUGAAAAAACCUGUGGAUCAAACAAUUUCUAUUAAUGGUCAAUCAGGUUCAAAUGGAUAUGUCGGCACUAGUGGUUCAGCUGGAUAUUGUGGAUCCAAUGGCAAUAACGGUGGCGAUGGUAGUAAUGGAUCAGAUGGAGGUAAUGGUUGUCCUGGUACAGAUUCCCAAAAUGCAUUAAUAUGGUUAAAUGGAACAGUUGAAGAUUUAAUUAUGCAAGUAAAAACAUUUAAUAAUCUUAAUUAUAAUUUUAAAUUAGCUAAAUCAAAUGGUAUUAUUCUAAUGAAAGCUAAUGGAGGUAAUGGUGGCAAUGGAGGAUCAGGCGGAUCAGGAGGAAAUGGAGGUCAUGGAGGAGAUGGUCAUGAUGGUUGUAAUGGCUCGAAUGGAUGCGAUGCUUCUGCUGAAGGUGCUUCUGGUGGAGAUGGAGGGCAUGGAGGAUGUGGAGGUGAUGGAGGACAUGGAGGUAACGGAGGACGCGGCGGAUACGGAGGUGAUGGAGGAAAUGCAGGCGCUGGUGGCCAUGUUCAAGUUCAAAGUGCAGAUCCUCGAUUAUUUAUGUUAAUUGAAAUGGAUUGUCGAGCAGGAAAAAAAGGUCAAGGUGGUAGUGGUGGCUCAGGUGGAUCACGAGGUAUUGGUGGAUCAGGCGGAUGUGGCGGUAGGGGUGGUAGAGGUGGUUGUGGUGGACCAGGUGGUGCAAAUGGUAUAGAUGGUUCUCAUGGUUGUGAUGGAGUACGGGGUACUGAUGGUUGUGCAGGUAACGAUGGUCAUAAUGGUCGAGAUGGUCUCGCUGCAAAUAGUGGUUCAAUUCAAUAUGCUGUAGUUGAUAUACAUGGAAACAUUAUUGAAACAGGUUCUGAUAAAUAUCAUGUUAGUGUUUAUAGUUAUACUAUUGCUGAUGAAAAUAACGAUGGAAUCUAUGAGCCAAAUUCAAUUUUUUUUAUUACAAAUGUUAAAUGGAUAAAUAAUGGCGCAAUGACUCUACCUAGUGGAUCAAUAUUAUCAUUUCCAUCAACAGAAUAUAUAACUACAGAUAUGAAUGAUAUUAGUAUAUUACAAGGUAAUACAGUUAAUCAAGUUGUAAUUGAUCCUCAUCAAUUUCAAUGUCAUCUGCAUGAUUCAUAUAGUGUUUCAAUCAAUGAACCCUAUAUAAAACGUAUUAAUAUAACAUCAGAAGUAAAAUUAUUAAAUCGUUUAUUUACUGGAAGUAAAGUUUCAACAACUUUAACAUGUCAAUAUCCAAUUCAAAUAACAAAAAUUGAAAUUCCAACAUAUUUAGGUCCUGGUGAACAAUCGAGUGUUAUAAUUAGUUUUAAAAAUAUAUCUACACGUGUAUAUGGUGAAUGUUUAAAUUCAGCUGGUUCAAUCGAAUUUAUACUUUCAACACAUUCUUUAUUAAAAAUUUCACCUGCAAAUGAUCAUCAAUAUAUUUAUGAAAUAAAAUCCGAUGGUUUUGGUUAUUAUAAAAUCAAUGAAGAAAUUUUUCCACAAUCAACAAAACGUAUUAAAUUUGAAAUUAAAUUAGAUGAAAAUUCAUCUCAACAAUAUUUUGAACAUUUAUUUUGGGAAAUUGAUUUAUUAUUACGUAAUAAAUUAAUUGAAAAACGUCAAAAUACAAUUCGAAUUGUACCAACAUUUCAACCAAAUAUUCAUACAGACGUCCUCUUAGUAACAAAUUCUAAAGUUGGUCGAAUUGAAUUUCUUGCAUAUCAAAAUCUAUUUCAAUUAUUUAAAUAUUCAAGUCAAACAUGGGAUAUUGAACGAUAUGGUGUAUUUCAUAAUCCUGAAAUAAAAUGGUUAAAUACAACUGAUUUAAUUAUUUUUAUUUAUUUAAAUCCUGAAUCAACAUUUAAUAUGAUUCAAUCACAAUUAUUUUUACAACAUAUGAAAUCUUCGGAAAAAUCUGCUUUUAUCUCCAUUGGUUCUGGUUUAUCCGAUGAAUUUGAUUUUGCUUUAUUUGAUUAUAAUAAUUUACAAUUUUUAAAUACUGAAGAUCAAAUGAAAUCCGAAUCAACAAAUUAUCUUUGGAAUACAUUUGGUUUUACACAACCUAAUCAACAACAAUUAAUUGAUAAAGCAAAUAAAUUUCGAAUAAAUUAUGAAAAACAAGAUGAUCAACAAUAUCUAUAUCAAGUUGUUUUUGAUAAUACUGCUAAUACAGAUUCGACAAGUUGUAUGAAAGUUGUUUAUGGUGCAAAAUAUAUUUAUAAAUCAACUUUAGAUUGUCAAGUUGGUAAUAGAUUAAUAAUGGUUCCUACUAAUAAUAAGAAUCCUUUAUUAACUAGUUCUAAUCUUCCAUUUACAAUUCAAACUGAAUUAAAUACCACUCAACAAAGAUCACGUAUUAUUGAAAAUGAAAUUGAUUUAAAUUCACAUUUUGGUAGAUUAUUAUGUGCUAUUCUAUUUUAUCAAGGUUUUGAAAAAUCUUAUUUGAUAAUUAGUGAACAAGACGAAUUAUCAACAUGUAUAUUUUCAACAGGUUCACAUAAAUUUAAUUAUAAUCAAAUAUUAAUUAGUCUUGCAAUGUCAAUUAUUGAACGAGAUUAUGAUAGACAAAUCUUACAAUUUCCAUCGUCGAGAAAAUUAAUUCAUCAAACUGAGAAUAUAAUUCAUAGAGAAGAUAAAACGAAUUAUGGUAUGAGUGAAAAUGAUUGGUUUUAUUUAUUAAUUCAAUCGUUAUAUGAAUAUAUCGAUAGUAAAUUUUGGAGUUCAUUUCCAUGGUGUGGUUGUACAAUGAAAGCUAAACAACGACAUGAAUUACAAGAAUUAUUAAAUGAUUUACUUUCAUUAACAACAGUAAAUAUAUCGAAAAAUAAAGCUAUUUAUCAGCAAUUAAGCAUUUUAAGAUUACAAAAAUUAGCAAAUUUAAAAUUUCCAGCAGCUGAUUAUAGACAAAUAUCUGCUAGACCAAUUCAUGAAAUUCAAACAUGGCAAAGAGAACAACAAAUGAAGAGAAUAUCACCAUCAACAGAUGAAAUUGAAAAAUAUUAA